AUGGCACUGAAUGUGCAUGUCUCCGAGGCUGCAGCCAUCCAGCAGAGCAGAGCAGAGCAGCCUCCGUGGAGGGGCGAGGAGCGUCCCCAGGGAGAGGCAGACAAGGGCGCGGGAGAGGCUCCAGAAGAUUCAGAGGCUUCCAGGGCCGAGGGGGCAGAGAUGCGGAAAAUUGAGGGAUUAGGCGGAGGAGAAGAUGAGGACGUGCCCCCUGGAGGGGCAGGGAAAGGGGCUCUGUCCCACCCAGAGGUCAAGGCAUCACUGGGGCAGCUUCCAAGGGACAAGUGUUCCCUGGAGGGGCAGGUGGAAGAGAAGGCAGACUCCCCAGAUGCAAACCUGCAGACGGUCCAGAGUCUUGAACCCCAGCCCCAAAUCCAGUCCUCCAGGCGAGCCUCCAACACAGACCCCAGGCUGACCCCCUGCCCCAAAUACCUGCGCCCCCAAUCCGAACCCCAAGCCCCACCACCACCACCACCACAUAACGGUCCAAUGUCAACUCCAAAUACCUGGUCCUUUAGUCCCAAACACCCCGCGACGGAGGGCUCGGCAGAGCUCCCCAACUGCGAGCGUUCAGCGCGGGGUCUCGAACCUCGCCUGGACUCGGAACCCCAAAUCUCCAGCCUUUACCCAAGGAAGCCAACCCCGUCUCUCCGUGGCCCCCAUCUUCCGCACCCUGCCCUGCCCUGCCCCUCGUCCCCAAAUCUUCUACUUCCAUCUCCCAACUGGGAGACCCCCCACCCCACUGCGCCUCCCGGGGCCUGGGGCUCCUCCCGCGGUGCCCGGGUCUCGGGGACCACCUCCCGCGCCCCGGCCCCCCGCCUCGGGCAGGAAUCCCCGCCCCCAUCCCCGCCCCUGAGCCGGCCCGCGUCGCUCACUCACUUUGCGGGCUCCGCGCCUCCGCAGCCCGCGGUCCGGGGAGAAGCGCUUAAAGUUCGGGGCCCGCAGCCAUGGUCCCCGCGGCGUCCGGGGGGCAGCGCGCACCGGGGCGGGGACCGAGAGAGGGGUGCGGGGUGCGGAGAGGCCGAGACGGACCCGACACCCAGAUGCGCGCAGAGAGGGACACGGACGCGGGGCGCGGGCGCGGGGACUCCCGGGGCGCGGCUCCACGCGCAGAUAUAUGGAGGCGGCGGCGGUGGCGGCGGCGGGCGACACGCGCCCCCCAAACCCCAGCCAUGA